AUGGCCUUGCAUGCUAACAUCUCUGUGUCGGACAUCAUGCGAGGCUGUGUCUUGGCUGGAGACACCACCUUCGCCAACCACUACCUUCGGGAUUUUGCGCCUCAGGAUCUGGAUGGACUGUCCUCCCUGAGUCCCCUAGCCUUUGCUCAACACUGGUCGGAUCGCGAAGUCUCGCCAGACUUGACGCGUUCCAGUAUCAGCGUUUGUCAUGCACUUUGUGCACAAGGGAUGUCAAAAGUUCCAUGUUCUACCCCGAAUGAUCCGGCUUCUAAACACCCUGUCUACAGUAAACCAAGACAGAAGAUCGCCCAUGUCAGCCCUGUUCCAAAACCCUCACGACAAGGAAUAGAAUUGGGCGAAUUGAGACUCGUACUGCUAGGUAAAACUGGAGCGGGAAAGAGUGCAACAGCAAACACAAUACUAAAUGAGAAGGUUUUUGACUCAAGAUCAUCUAUGUCCUCGGUUACCACAAAAUGCGACUUUAAUCGUCGCGAGGUGUUUGGCAACGCCAUCCUGAUUGUUGAUACUCCUGGGUUAUUUGACACCAAUACAAAGAAGGAGGUUAUUGAUAUGGAAAUUAAGAAAUGUAUUGCAAUUUCGGCUCCAGGACCACAUGUCUUCUUGUUGGUUUCAUCCUUAACCAACAGGUUCACCGAAGAAGAAGGAAAGGUUUUUGACGAAAUUGACGACAUGUUUGGGGAACAUGUGCUCAAGUACAUGGUCAUUGUCUUUACUGGAAGAGAUCAAAUUAAACCUAAAACAGUUGAGGAACACAUUCAAGGCGCUCCAGACAAAUUAAAGCAGAUUCUAAGUAAUACUGGUGGCGGAUAUGUCACCUUAAACAACAGAGGCGACGCAUCUGAAAAAGAAGCUGAUGUAAAAUGCCUUUUAGAACGCAUCAAAGAUACGGUCGACAAGAAUGGAAGGAAGCAUUUCACGUCGAAGAUGUUUCAAGAAGCAGAGGAAAUUAUACAAGAGAGGAUCCGGAGAGAUAGAGCUGAGAAAGAACAAGAGAUGAGAAGGGAAAUUGAGGAAGAACUGCGCGAAGAGAUCAAGAAGGAGAGAGAAUAUUAUGAGAAGCUCCACGAAGCCAAUGUGAAACAAAUGGAAGAUCUUAAACUGAAACUGAAGGAAGAGCGGGAUAAGCAUGUCAGAAAGGGUUCGGUAGUUAGACAGAAUGAGAGGACCAUGGAGGAGAUGGUACGGAAGGAAAUGGAGAUGAAGGCAAAGAAGAGCAAGCUUGUACAGCAGAUGCAAAAGGCUGAAGGUGGGGAGAGAAUGCAAAUUCAACACCAACUGGCAAGUGUUGCGGAGGAGGUCAAGAGCGUACUUGCUGAAAGGAAGAGAGUAGAAGAUGAAGUCACAGACGACCGGUUUCAAGUAGAAUGUGAUUUGAGGGCACAACAAGUAAGAAAAGCUGAAAGGGGAAAACAUACAGAAUGAAGAUGAAUCAACCCUUCGUAGAUUCACCGAUGGCAUGAAGACUAUGGGGAAGCGUUUCCUCAGUUUAUUUAAGUAGACGUACAGAGAAUGAGGUUUAGUGAAGAUGCUUCGUUCACUAAAGUGUGCACAUAAUACCUAUUACCUUACUAACAUCUGCUUGUAUCAUAUCUAAACCUUAUAAAACUGUUUUUUGUUUCCAUUCACUUUACUGCCGCUCUCAUAAUAUGAUGUGUUCAUUUCAAGGAGUAGCUAUGUAAUGUUGUUUGAGUACACUUGUCUUUAUAUCAUUAGGUUAUAUUUUAGAAUGUAGUUUCAAUGUCACAGCCCAAACAAAAUCGAGACCUGCUUUUAAAUAAUCGAAUAUGGACAUGGUAAAUCGAUUUUGAAGACAAGCAGUGAGACAAGCCACAACGACUUACCACCUGGUUCUCUUUGUAGUGCAAAUAUUUUACUAAUCAACCCUACGAAGCAGACAUGUAAUCGCAUUUGUUCUUCUUAUUAGUUACUUCCCAAAUAAAUCAUUUUCAAAAUA